AUGCAACCGUCCGAGCCCGGGCCCGUCAUCUCAUUCCUCGGUCGAGUGGCCUACGAGCUCCAGAUCGUUCGUCCCCUCGUUCCCACAUACCUGCUUCUUAUCGCAUCCGCUCUCUUUCCCAUCUGGAUCGCCAGUCAUGCCUCCCUCGUACGUCCCACCUCCGCCGCUCCUCCACCAAAGUCCAAAGGCAGACGCAGCAGAUCACGCACCACGGCCAAAGCCUCCGACGCUGACUCCGACUCCGAGUCCGAACCCGAAGAGACCUCCCAGAAGAUCGAGAACCUUACUCCUUCCGAUGCCUUGCUCUUCCCCUUGCUCGCCGGUGGCACUUUGGCUGGCCUCUACUUCACCCUCAAGUACCUAGAGGACCCCGCCUGGCUUAACUGGGGUCUAAACCUGUACUUCAGCCAGAUGGGCCUCUGGUUCAGCUACCGGUUUCUCAGUGAUGCCUUUGUCUUUCUGCGGGAGGCGGUGUUUCCCAAGUGUUACUCGUGGCAAGGCAAGUUGUGGAUCGCCAACCUGGGGAAUUUGAGAUACAGUACGAAGAAUGCAGAAGGACAGGACGAGCAUGAGUCCUCACCGCUACCAGGCGUGCUGCGGCUACUACCCCUGCUUGGGUUCGCAAAGCGCUCGCUAUGGGCGUUCCGCCGCGCCAUUUCCGCGAGAGCGACUCUGACGCUGCAUCUCCAAGGCCUGCUGACACUGCGCGCCAAGCCGACGCUGCCAGACUUGCUCGCCGUCAUCCUAGCCGCCAGCCUCACCUACAUUCACACCUUUGUCUCGAAGCCCUGGCCCCUGACCAACUUCCUCGGCCUAUCCUUCUGCUACGGCAGUCUCCAGCUGACAUCGCCCUCAACCGCUGGCACUGGCACCCUAUUACUGCUGGCUCUCUUCUUCUACGACAUCUACUUCGUAUUCUACACGCCCAUGAUGGUCCAUGUUGCCACCUCCCUCGACGUGCCUAUCAAAAUGCUAUUUCCUCGACCCGACGGGUGCGUGCUCCCAAUAGGUGCCGAAGAAGGCAGCGCUGCCAUGGAGGAGUACCUGCGGUGCCUGGGGAAGAAGCGCGCCAUGGCGAUGCUGGGCUUAGGAGAUAUCGUGGUCCCUGGACUCGUUGUGGGUUUUGCAUUGCGCUGGGACCUCUGGAGGCACUAUCAGAAGCUUCAGAAGUCGAAGUUCUCGCCGGUCAUUGAGGGAGACAAGAGUGUUACAAAAGAAGGUGCAGUCCCCACCGAACAGGCUGGUGUUGAGAAAGUGCCCUAUAUGCCCGCCACGGGAAGCUGGGGCCCGCGAUUCUGGACCUCGCGUGCUUUGCAGACUCCUGCGCUCAAGUUCAAGUCGUUUCCAAAGCCCUACUUCUACUCUACGGUAUUUGGUUACGUCGUUGGAUUGUGCUGCACAGUAGGCGUGAUGCAGGUCAUGAAGCAUGCGCAACCCGCGUUACUGUACCUGGUACCCGGCGUCUUGGGCACAUUGUGGGGCACUGCAGUGGUCAAGGGCGAAGUCACGCGGCUCUGGAAGUACAGCGAGGAGGGUGAGGAGGAGAAUUCUACGGACUCGAAGCAAAACAAGAAGAAGAAGGGGACGGAUGACGAGAAGAACCAGAAUGCAAACGCAGUCGUGAAGGCGAGCAGUGAAGACGUCUCUAACGCGAAGGGUUCGAGCACCAAGUCCGCAGACGGUAAGGCAAAGGGUGAGCCCAAAUCCAAGCUCUCCCAGGAGAUGCAACGUAUCCAGCAGCACGCCAUCUACUUCGGCCUCAAGCUGCCAUCGUCCACUGCCGCUCCCGUCGGUGACUCCAAAGAGCAAGCUGCUGCAAAGACAAAGAACAAACCACCCACGAAAGCCAUCAAAGCCGCAGCAGAAGUUGCCGACUCCACGUCCAGCGAUGCCGACGAGGCUCACCCUGACUCCGACUCCCACUGCGAUGCAGAGGUAGAAGUCAAUGUCCAGAAGCGGCAGACUCGCUCACGGACCGCCAAGAGUGGCGGCGCUGGGAAGGCCCGGCCGACGAGGACAUCGUCACGGCGGCUACGUAGCGCGAGCUCUGCUACCGAUGAUACUGCUGGGGAUGAUGUGCAGCUCGUGAAGGAUGUCGAUGAGGAGAAGGCGCGCAUGGCAAAGCGGCAGCGCAAGCUUUGA